AUGUCUGAUUUUUAUGAGGACAAGAAAGAUCACGUGGAUGAGGAUGACGAAAAGUUUCAAAAUUUAGGGAAGAAGAUUUUUGAGGAGGAAUACCCGACAAAGUUUCAAAAUUUAGGGAAGAAGAUUUCUGAGGAGGAGUACCCGACAUGGGACGGUCGAAUAGAUGAUUUUUCGCAGGACGAAUUGACUGAGCUCAUUGCUUCACUCGAAUCUAAGAUACAAGUUGCAACCAAGAAGAUUGAUUCUAUGGAAAGAUAUAUGGGGUUUAAUAAGAAACAAAAUCAAUGUUUCGUCCGGGAAGAUACUAAUCAUGAUGAGCAGCCGGCCUAUCAAGUCCCUGCUUUGAUGUCUCCUCCAUCACCUGUGCAUUAUCCAAUGUUGCCAAGUGCAUGGGUAUCAAGAUCAGAAUUGGAGAAGAGCUAA